AUGGACGCAUCAGUACCAUAUGAUGAUGACUCUAGUGAGACAAAGCUAUCCAAUACAGGCUUCUCACCAGAUGGGCACCGCUUUCAUGAGCGUGACUUCAUGGACGAUGAUGCGAUUGCCGCUUGGCUCGCAGAAACUGCAUCUACCAGCUCGUCCAAAGACUCUCGGUCCCAUUUCAGACGAGCAAAAAGGGCCAACAUACCUCCACGGAACCCUCCAAUCUUGAGCCCACUCGCCGAAAUCGAGAGUUGUGAUGUACUAAGCUUUAAGAUCUACCGCGGAACCGCUGUCGAGCUGCAAGACGGCUCUUUCUUAAGAGUCUCGAAGAUCAUCAGAAACACUAUGUCUUCCGAAGUCACGUUAUGGGGCUGGCGAUUUCUUCGGACUAAGGAAGUCUAUGGCUUUCUACCUAAUAAGGUUAAUGAGACCUGCUGGAUCGUGGACGUGGACAUCGAUGACAGUCGUGAGCCACGUGAGCAAGCCAUAGAGGCAGUUGAAAUGUCUGAAGUCUUAAGACGGCGUGGCCUGCGAUUGACUAACAGGCAAUGGCCAGAUCUGAGUUUUCGCGAUGAUCCAAAAGAGGACAUCGAUACAGUAUAUGAAUCUCGGGUUCUUGUUUGCAGGUGGAAGUAUAUUACACUCUAUACCAAUUCGUUGGCUAGGACUAACGGGAAAUGGAGCGAGCGAGCCUUAAUACGCCUCCGUGAAUCAGAGUGCGAUUCAAGUCAGAACAGCAGUCAACCGGAUGACGAUCUACGUCAACUCUGGCGAGGGAAGACGAUUCGAGGUGGAGCUUGCCAGAAUUGGCUGCUUAAUGAAAAGUUGUUCUUGAGCCAGGAACAACAGUGUGAUGAGGGUCUCAGACUUUGGCAGUCUUUAGAGACUAGUACCGAUCAAUGGCCCCUUGGGGACCCAAUGGAGCGCGGAUGCGUCGGCAAAUUGAUCACUGAAAAUGACUGCAAGUCGCAGAAAUACGCUGGUAGCCGUACCAACGCCAGAGUACUUCAAAGUGAAUACGGAGGACGUCUUAUUGUAGCUAAGGACCCAAGUACUACUGGGAGUGAUCAGAAAAUUCCAGGCAAAGAAAAUCCUGCACGUCUUCGCGCGCAGGUUGAUGUCAUAGACCUGACGGAUCCUCAAGUUCAGAGCAGCUUGUAUCAUCCGAGACUCUUUAAUACUUCCUCGAAAUCGUACGCAACGACUAAGCGGCCUUCCGUCGAAAGAUCGUCGCUGUCAAACGAACAACGUUACACAUUUGCGGACUGUUUUUGUGGAGCUGGUGGUGUCUCUCGCGGCGCGGUCAUGGCUGGCUAUCGAGUCAACUGGGCAUUCGACUUCUCUAAUUCAGCUUGUGAAUCAUAUAGCUACAACUUCUUCGGGACUAGGGUUUACAGCCUAUGGGCGAAUGAUCUCGUCUCCCUCCCCGUGGAUCUCAGAGUAGAUGUCCUACAUGGGUCUCCCCCGUGUCCAGCCUUUUCGCCAGCUCACACUCGCGAGGGAAAGAAUGAUGAGAUGAAUACAGCCUCGCAAUUCGCGAUUUUUGAUAUCCUUCAAAAGGUAAGACCAAGAGUGGUUACUUUGGAGCAGACAGCUGGGCUCGUACAAUUUGAAAAGCACCGUCACUACUUCAACAGCUUGAUUCAUAUGUUUACCACGUUGGACUACAGUAUUCGCUGGAAGCUCAUCAACUUUGUAAACUAUGGGCUACCACAGAGGCGUCUCCGUCUUGUGAUUAUUGCCGCCUGCUCAGGAGAAGUGCUACCAGAGUUUCCGCAGCCGACACAUACCAAAAUCCCUAGCGAGACAGGUCUGAAACCAUGGGUCUCUAUCAAUACAUCCAUCUCUAACAUUCCAAACGACUGGCCAGAUCACGAUGUGCAUGGAGCCAUCUUCCGCGAUAAGCCUUCGUAUUCGGGUGACGGAAUUGCGACUUGCGUUACUACGACCGGCAUUCAGGGCAAGACUUACCAUCCUAGCGGGAAGAGAGACUUCACUCACCGUGAGCUGGCUUGCAUACAAGGGUUUCCUUUGUGUCAUAAGUUUGGCGAAUUUGGCGUCAAGAAGCAAAUUGGUAAUGCAGUGCCGCCCCUUUUCUCCAGCAUCCUAUUAGAGGAGAUCAAGAAAGCCUUGUUUAAAGCAGACGGGCUCACAGUGUCUGAUCUCCAAGAAGAUCGUCAAUCAUGA